GAUCUGCAGCAUCACUGAACUGGUGCAGUGCAAAACGCACACUCAUCCUCACCGAUGGUGUGCAGAACAAGGGGGACAUAAAAAAAAAACCUUCCGAAACUAAAACAUACAUCUUUUUCUUAAAACCCUAAAAAAAACCCACAACAAAAAUCAUCAUGAGCUACGAGUCCUUCUUCUCCCACCGACGUCCUUGGGACAGCUACAAAGGCUCUCGACCUACAACCAAGUCUUCCAUGUCGUCCUCUCUGUACUCAUCUCCCCGAGCUCCUCCAUCCGGAAAGAGGAUCCUGAAGACGACAUCCUCUUUGCUGCCGGACGGCUCGCAGAGGAUGGAUCUGGUUCAGGUGAGCUCCAUCAACACCGAGCUGCUGGAAAUGCGGUCCCAGGAGAGGGAGCAGCUUGUGGACCUGAACGACCGCUUUGCCACCUACAUCGAGAAGGUGAGACACCUUGAGCUACAGAACCGAGCCCUGCUGGCCGAGUUGGACGCAUUGAGGAGGAGGCAGAACGACCCGUCCCGGCUGCAGGGGUUCUAUGAGGGGGAAUCUCGGAGUUUGAGAGCCAUGAUCGACUCAGAGAACAACGAGAAGAUGCAGAUGGAGGCAGAGAGGGACUACCUGCGGGACGUGUACGAGCAGAUGAAGGAACGCUAUGAAGACGAGGCAAGGCGCCGUCUGGAUGCCGAGGAGGGCCUGCAGAGGGCCAGAGAGGAGGCAAGCCGGGCCGUCCUCUACAACUGUGACACGGAGGCCACCGUGGUCUCUCUGUGUGACGAGAUAGUCUUCCUGAAGAAAGUCUUUGCAGAAGAGCAAGCGGAGCUCCAGGCCCAGCUGCAGGUGGCAAACAUCAGCGUUGACAUAGAGUUGUCUAGGCCUGACCUCUCCACCGCCCUGCGGGACAUCCGGGCGCAGUACGAGCGGCUCGCCAACAAGAACAUGCAGGCCGCCGAGGACUGGUACAAGAGCAAGUUUGUGAGUGUGGCGGAGAUGGCCAGCAAGAACAACGAAGCUGUCCACGCCAUCCGGGAAGAGACUAUGGAGUACCGGAGGCUGCUUCAGUCUCGUUCAUCUGAGAUUGAAGCUCUCCGGAAUGUCAUCAACUCCCUAAACAAACAACUGGAGGAUUUGGAGGACACACAGGCCAAGGAGGUUGAGAAAUACCAGGUGAGGAUAAGUGAACUGGAGCAGGACAUUACUGAGGCGAAGCAAGAGAUGGCGCGCUACCUGAGAGAUUACCAAGACCUUCUCAACGUCAAGAUGGCCCUUGACAUUGAAAUUGCCGCGUACCGGAAACUCUUGGAGGGGGAGGAGAUUCGGCUGACCUACCCUUCCCUUCCAGCUCUAAAUUAAAACCUACUGAUAUCUUGAGAAACCCAGCCCCCCUUUUCUCUUCCUUAAAUGUCCUUCCCCAACAUUCUUUAUCCCCCUCUCACCUUUCUUCUAACUUCAAUCUCUUCAGAACAACCAUCCAUCAACUCUUCCAAGAAACAUACCAAAAACAGAAACUCAUCUCUCUCAAGACGGCAGCGCCCUUGUGCUAAACAAGAGGUCCAUAAGAAGUCCCCCUUCUUCUACACACGUCCUGACACCACACAUCAUGAAGAUGGCGACCUGUCCAACACAGAGUGGCUGGACUGCAUUAGUUACGUAACAA